AUGUACCACCUGCUGAAAGAGAUCGAAUCGGGCCCCGCCGAGGCUGACAGGAUUUCACAGCGGAGGAGCCUCCCCAGAAGAGCCCGGCUCAGUUGGUCACCCUGGCCCCACCUCAAGAGACCGCGCCCAGGAUCCCGGGUCGGCCCGAGGGCCUCCUCUCCGGCCCCUUCAGUAGGGCCCACCACACGCGCACAGGCCGGACGGGCCGUCAACAAAGCCACGGGCCGGUGGGCCGCGGAGCGGACCCCAGUCCCCACCCGGCCGCGUCCCCUCACCUCAGAGUUCCGCCUCACCUCCCGACUGCGAGCAGCCGCUCUCCACUUCCGGCAAGAACCGCCCAGCAAUCUUCGCGCGACCCACUUCCGGGCCCUCACUGGGCGCGGCGCCCCCACCGGAAACGGCCGGCCGCCGAGACGCCGAGGUGGAGGAGAGACCCGGGAGGAAGUCUGGCCGCCCCGCUCGCGGCUCCGCCCCCUAUUCUCCACGCCCGGAAGGGAGAAUCCUCGCCCGCCCGGGGGCCCUUGGCGGAGAGCCCCGCCCCCAGGGCGCGAGCGGCCGGGGAGCGCGCUCCAGGAUAGGCCACGCCUCUCCGCCGCCUGGCGGGGCCCAGUCGCCCGGGCCAAUGAAGGGCCGGAGUCGCCGGCGAGGCUCCACCUCCGCGGAGGGAGGACAGGUGAGUGGCUAAUUAGCGCUCCUAUCGCUGUGGUCGCGGUGGCCGUGGCCGUGGCCGAGGCCGGUGCCUUCGCCCAGCCGACUGGAAGGGGUAUUGGAGGGACGAGGAGGCCGAUUCCCGGGGGGCGGGGAUCCCGGGCAGUCGUCUACUCGCCGAGGAGAUAGGGGCGCAGCUCCGCCUCGUUGGGCGUGCGUGCCUCAGUUUCCCGGUUGGGACCUGGGGCGGCCGUUGUUCCGGACCGUGUUCUGGCGGUACCUGCCGAGGCUGGCGUGGGGGCCCAGCCCUGGGUUUCCGGGCGUGGCCGCCUUCGCGCCGCGCGCCGGGCCCCCCGGGUCGGGAAGGUGGAGGCUCGCCCCACUUCCUGUUUGUUCCGUGCGCGCUGUGACCAUAGAUGGUCAGGUCUGGGGCCGCUCGGAAGCCUCCGCCCCGCGGUUUCGGAGCCCUUCCUCGCCGCGCGCUGGGUGUGGUCCCCGAGAAUAAGAUGAGCGGAAUUAGAGAAGAUCCCGCUCCACCUCCACUCCGCUAAAACCCAGUUUGUGGGGCCUCCUCGCCGAGGCGGGGGGCUGGGGUGGCGCGGGGAGGGGGGGUGCCCUGCCGCCUGGCACUCAGUCCGGCCCGCGGGGGAGAGAGACUUCGCUUCCGUGCCGCCGGGGCCUCGGAUCAGAGCUUUGUUCCCUCAAGGCUCACACUUUCCAACCGGCGAUUAGCCUCCCACAAAGAUUUAUUUCCAGAAAAAAAAUUGGCGAGUGCCAGUGUUCCCACUCCUUCAGCUGAGCUUCUAUGACAGCUCCAAGCUUCGCGUUGAAUGCAGGCGUUACGUGCCAAAGUCACUCGUUCAACAAAUACGGUUCUUAUAAUGACAGCUACCAUUUACUGCGUGUUGACAACGUGCCAGGCCUGUGCUGACGCUUCAAGAACAUGUUCAUGUGAUCCUUAAUAGGAACUCUCUGUGUUAAACCCACUACAGGGGUUGAAUUCAUUACUCUGAUAUCAAGACCUGAGCUGCAAUCAAGAGUCACAUGCUUAACCAACUGAGCCACCCAAGUGCCCUAGGACUAUGAGUUUUCUGUAUCUCACUUUCUGCCCCAGGGCUUCUUUCAUGGAAUUGACCUCAUGGGAUGUCCGUGGGAACUUGCACAGUUAUUUAGAUACAUUCAUCAACCUGAAAGUGCCAACUUGAGAGUGCAAAGGAGUUAACCAGCAAUUGGGAGACCUUUGAUCAAUGAAGGACAGGAGCUGGUGAAUAAAUAUUCCCUCUUCCCUCCCUGGUUGGACAAUUAUGAGACACGUUCUACAGUGCUUCAGAAUAUCUCUAGUAGAACCAAGCAACGACCUUCUGGAUCAAUCAUCCUUGGCUUGGCUUUCCUGUUUUGCCUGUUUUACCCUUCCUAGUCUCUGACUUCUGUUCCUUGGGAUCACCCCUGAAAAUAAACUAUCUGUUUGCAA